UCUAAGUACGAAGUGACAAUGAGAUUUGCCGUGUGUAUUAUUUGCACGCUGGUGCUUGGCACAUCAGCCAUAGUUCAAUCACCGCCACGAAUAUCUAAACAGCCACCAACGGACGAGCAGCUGUUUCAAGUGGCACAAAAAGGUGUCAAUGAAAAUGAUAAACCAUUUCUAAUCGAAUGUGAAGCGGAAGGAGAGCCAGCUCCAACAUAUCGUUGGAUUAAAAAUGGAAAGAAUUUUGAGUGGCCAGCGUAUGACGAUCGCAUUUCUCAACAACCUGGUAGAGGCACUUUGGUUAUAUCAAGACCGAGAGAUGAAGACCUAGGACAAUAUCAGUGCUUUGCUGAAAAUGAUUGGGGCAUAGCUACGUCGAAUUCGGUGUUCGUUCGAAAGGCUGAAUUAAAUUCGUUCAAGGAUGAAAACCCGACCACGUUAAGUGCGACUGAAGGUUCUCCUUUUAAACUUACCUGUCAACCACCCGAUGGCUGGCCUAAGCCAAAUGUUUAUUGGCUAAUUCAGGAUAUUGCUGGUGGUAUCAAGUCAAUCAAUAAUUCGAGGAUGACUCUUGAUCCGGAGGGUAAUCUCUGGUUUAGCAAUGUUACAAGAGACGACGCUUCGGACGAUUUUUAUUAUGCCUGUGCCGCCACAUCUGUGUUCAGAAACGAAUACAAAGUAGGCAAUAAAGUUUUGCUAAAUGUAAUUUCUACAGGCGCAUCCACCGGUCAAAACAAAUAUCCUCCUGAAAGACAAUAUGUCACCAGGAAAAAUGAGGUUGCUUUACGCGGCAAAAAGGUAGAACUCUAUUGUAUAUUCGGAGGGACGCCUUUGCCACAGAUGGUUUGGAGUAAAAACGGUAGAGUGAUCAAGCCGAGCGAUAGAAUAAUUCAAGGAAAUUAUGGCAAGUCUCUUAUUAUAAAACACGUCAAUUUUGAGGACCAGGGGCAAUACACCUGCGAAGCAUCAAACGGAGUGGGUCGAGCCCAAUCGUAUUCUAUAAAUCUACAAGUAAUGGCCGUACCGUAUUUUACUGUUGAGCCGGAGUUCGUGAAUGCUGCGGAGGAUGAGACUGCAGAAAUCAAAUGCGAAGCUAGUGGAGUGCCCGUUCCCGAAAUCAAGUGGAUCCACAAUGGCAAACCGAUAUCUGAAGCACGGGAAAAUAGAAGAAGGAAAGUCACGCCAAAUUCCAUUAUCAUUGAGAGGUUGGAGAAAAAUGAUACGGGAAAUUAUGGAUGCAACGCUACCAAUUCAUUGGGAUACGUUUACAAGGAUGUAUUUAUAAAUGUAUUGGCACUCGCGCCGGAUAUCACGCAACCGCCUAUGAAUUUAAGUUCAGUCGAUGGCAGGACCAUUCGGAUUACAUGCCGCGUCUUCGGCGCACCUAAACCCGAGGUCAAAUGGAUCAGAAACGGACAAGAAUUAACCGGCGGUCGUUACAAAAUUCUAGAUGUAGGCGAUUUGGAAAUUGAGAAUGUGAUAUUCCUGGAUGCUGGUGCUUACACGUGCUAUGCCAAAAAUAAAUUAGGUGAGGUGAAUGCGUCCGCUACCUUGAUGGUGAAAGAGCAUACUAGGAUAACGGAUACGCCAGAGGAUUAUGAGGUCGCAGCCGGUUCUACUGCCACAUUUAGGUGCAAUGCUGUUACUGAUCCUACUUUACCUCUAACCAUAGACUGGCUGAGUAAUGGCCAACCAAUAGACUUUGAGAUGGAACCGAGAUUUGUACGAAGUUCCGAUUAUUCUCUGUUGAUCACAAAGACGACCGAAUUGGAUUCUGGUGUCUACACAUGUGUCGCCCACACUGAUCUCGAUGAGGCGAAAUCGCAAGCGACAUUGAUAGUUCAAGAUGUACCUAAUGCGCCGAGAUUAAUCAGUAUCAGAUGUCAGCCUAACUCGGCCCAUGUACAAUGGAUACCUAUGGGAGAUAAUAGAUCUCCAAUUCUACGCUACACGAUCCAAUACAAUACUACCUUUACACCGGAUACCUGGGAGAUAGUUUACGAUAACGUUCCAGCUACGGAUCUGACAUACGAAGUGCCUAUGUCACCCUGGGCUAAUUACACGUUCCGUGUUCUUGCGUGGAAUAAAAUAGGCACUUCUCUACCGUCAUCACACAGCGAUGUUUGUACUACCUUGCCAGAUCUUCCUCAUAAAAAUCCGGACAAUGUCAUGGGCAAGGGUUUAACGCCACAAAAUUUGGUUAUUUCAUGGACAGUCAUGCCACAGAUAGAGCAUAAUGGCGCCAAAUUUGAGUAUAAAGUAUUUUAUAGAAGAGAUAUACGGGGUGAAGAUUGGAUUACAAAUAAUAUACAUGAUUGGAGAAGAAAUACUCUUGUGAUAGAAAAUCAACCUACUUAUCAAAGAUAUAAAAUUAAAGUUGUUGCGAUAAAUGAGAAAGGAGAAAGUAGAGUUCCAGCCAAAGAAGUUAUCGGAUACUCCGGAGAAGACGUACCCCUACAAGCACCCGGCAACUUUACAGUCGAUAAACCAAUAUCUAGUACAUCUGCUUAUGUGCGUUGGAGUCCGGUACCUGAGGAUUCGGUAAGAGGCGAAUUACUAGGAUACAAAAUUCAAACGUGGACGGAGAGGGACGGUGAAAAGGGAAUGCGUGAGAUUGAUAUUCGCGGUGGCAAUAAAACGGAAGCAUUAAUCGAGAAGUUUGUUCCAUACAGCAAAAAUUUCGUGAGAAUGCUCGUUUACAACGGCAGAUACAACGGUCCUACGAGCGAAACUUUAAAUUUUAAUACACCGGAAGGAACACCAGGGACAGUACUCGGUUUAGAAGCAUUUCCCAUGGGAUCCAGUGCGCUAUAUUUAGCAUGGCUGCCGCCCGCAGAACCGAAUGGUAUUUUAACUGGAUAUAAAAUUUAUUAUCAGGCUGUGAAUGGCACAAAGCUGGGAACGUUACUUGAGAGAAAGCCACAUGUUACGAAUCCACAAGCUAAGAGUGCCAAAUUAGCCACAUUAGCGCCCGAUACGAUGUACCGCGUUCACAUACGUGCCACAACUGUUGUUGGUGAAGGCAAUGACUAUUUUAUUGAGCAAAAAACAAGAACGUCUCAACGACCUGACAUCCCACAAUUUAUAUGGGAAACUAUACCAGUGGAGAAUGGAUAUUCAAACGUACGAAUCAUUUGGGUACCGAAUUUUAAUGGUAAUCCGGGAAGCCAUUUCUUUGUCAAGUAUAAACUGAGAGGUGAAACGAUAUUUUUAAUGACGGAUCCCGAAUUCCAGUCGAAUAGUAUUGAGGUUCGCGGUCUUCAAAGCGGUGAAGUCUAUGUAAUGUCAAUUGUCGCUGUCGAUGGAGACUACAUGAGCGAGAGUGUUUAUCAAGAGGUACACACGAGUAGUGAAGGGCCCAUUAUUCAACCAAAAGAGAAUGUAGCGACAGCCGGUUGGUUCAUCGGAAUGAUGCUAGCAAUCGCUAUCCUCCUUUUAGUAUUGAUAAUCGUAUGCGUAAUUAAACGAAAUAGAGGCGGAAAGUAUGCGGUACACGAGCGAGAAUUGGCCGCUGGACGUGGGGAUUAUCCCGAAGAAGGUGGAUUCCACGAAUACUCGCAACCAUUGGACACCAAAUCGGCUGGUGGACGCACGUCUUUGGCGUCUUCUUCUCAUCAGGAUGGUAAACAUCCUGAAUCUGAUACCGAUUCCAUGGCAGAGUAUGGCGAUGGUGAUACAGGACGCUUUACAGAGGAUGGAUCCUUUAUUGGACAAUACGGACCUAAAGGUAGACCAGAGGGGACACCACCUAUUCCAACUGGUACUAUGGCCACGUAUGUGUAACAUCCGCAACUAACUUAAUCAAAGCCGCAUAAAAACUUUUUUCUCAUUACGGUUAAGGAUCCUCCUGAUCCUCGACUAUUGCAGCAGCUCUGCUAUGCACCUUGCGCUGGGCGCAAUGUCCAACACUAUA